AGAUAAGAUAUGUAUUUCUUCCUCUUACAGUUCGUCGUUUUCUGUUUCAGCAAUUUUUCUUAAAUGGCUUCCCAAGCUGCAUCUCGUGUAACGAACUUCAUGUAUGAUGUCUUUCUCAGUUUCCGUGGGGAAGACACUCGCUAUUCUAUUGUCAGCCAUUUGUACGCAGCACUUGUUAGCAGAGGAAUCAUUACCUUCAAGGACGACAAAAGGCUUGAGAUAGGCGAUCACAUUUCUGACGAACUCUACAAAGCCAUUGAAGGUUCAGAUUCUGAUGUCGUUGUGCUUUCUGGGAACUACGCUACUUCCAGGUGGUGCUUGAUGGAGCUCCAACUGAUAAUGGAGCUUCAGAUGAAGGGAAGACUUGGUGUAUUUCCUGUCUUCAAUGGUGUAGAACCCUCUAGGCAUCAGCUAGGAAGUUUCGAUCUAAAGAGGUAUCAACGUCCAGAAGACGCGGAUAAGGUUCCCAAGUGGAGAGAAGCUCUUAAACUGAUUGCUGAUCUUUCAGGUGUGGAAUCUGGACUCUGCAUUGAUGAGGCAACUAUGGUUGGGAAAAUUGUCGACGAUAUUUCAAGGCGCAAGGCGAUGAUGCAAAAGAUAGACUUCAGAAAUAUUGUUGGGGUAGAUACUCACUUGCAAGAUCUCAAGUCUCUCUUGGAUAUGGACUCCAAUAAUGAUGAGGUUCGUAUGAUUGGAAUCUGGGGAAUGGGAGGCAUUGGCAAAACAGCCAUUGCCAAGUGCCUCUAUGCCCAGCUCAAAUUUCAUAUAUCGAUCGCUGGAGACAUCAAAUUUCAUUUUUCUGCAGGUUGUGAAGGAUAUGCUGAAUACUUCUCCUUUUGUUCUGAGCAAAAGGUCCAUGGUACAAGGACAGUAAGUGUACACCAAGCUCCUCGGCUCAUAUCCGAGUUCAACAAAUCUAUUUCGCUCAAUAUCAGGAGGUUCAGCUACAAAGAGAACAGUCGACCUGUCACCUUUCACAAUUUUCCAUAUAUAUCUGGCCUGGAAGAACUAAAACUAGUCAACUUAAAUAUCCAAAAGCUAUCAGAUGCGAUUGGUCACUUUGAAUUCUUAGAAAGACUGGACUUCAGCGGAAAUGAUUUUGACAGGUUACCAGAAGAUAUGAAUAGACUUUCCCGGCUGAAAACUCUCUGUCUACGAAACUGCAGCAAACUCGAGGAAUUGCCAGAGCUAAAACAGGUUCAGUCACUCACUCUUUCCAACUGUAGGAGUCUCAGAUCAUUGGUGAAACCGUCUGAUGCAAUUCAGGAGCCGAGCAUAUAUUGUUUGCUUGAGCUUUGCCUUGACAACUGCAAGAAUGUAAAGUCAUUGUCAGAUCAGCUUAGUCAUUUCACCAAGUUGACAUUUUUAGAUAUGAGCAGCCAUGAUUUUAAGACAUUGCCAUCAAGCAUCAGAGAUCUUACCUCAUUGGUAACUAUCUGCCUCCAUAACUGCAAGAAACUCAAAUCACUGGAAGAACUUCCACCGCGCCUUCAGUUUCUCGAUGCAGAGGGUUGUGAUUCUCUUGACGCUGAUGCUUUGGAACAUUUUAAAGGGAGGCUAAACAAAGAGGUACCAGCACAGCCGCAGGUUGCUUGCUUCCAAGAAACUGAGAUGCUGAGUUACGAACGCCAAGGCAGUAAGAGUCGUCUACCCAAGUUCCUAUGCUGCUCACAUUUCUAGUUAUUCCUACACACUACUCUUGAUGAUUGUUCUUUUCAUGUUCGUCAUAGAUAAUAGAUUCGAACCUGGCAUUUUUGCUUCUUCCGUAACAUGAUGUUUCUAAUUUUAUAGAAAAAUAUGGUCGGUUACACUACA